GGAGCCCAGCUGCCGUGACAGCCGGUGGGCUUGGGGGACUGCAGGAGCCGACGGGCCGGAGCCCCCCUGCCCUGUGCAGCCAGUGCCUCCCCAUCCCUUCCGACAGGGCUUUGCUCCCGCCCCGCACAGAUCCCGAGGGCUCGGGGCCCAGCUGACCGGCCACAGAGAAUCUCAGGACAUCCUCGCCACCACGCAGCUGCCUCUGUCCCCUGGAGCAGGGCUGAGCCCGGGAGCACCAGGAUGGAGAACCCUCGGCCCCUCAGUCUCGGCAUCCCUAGGGAAAUGAGGUCUGGGAGACCCCUGGGCGAGGGAUGGCUGACCCCCACCCCCUGAGUUCGUGGGGCCCUGCCGGAGGAGCUGCCGUGGGCCGGACACCCCGCCCGCUGCAGGUCACAAAUGAGGACAGCACAGCACGAGGAGCUCAGGCGGCCUGCCCGGUGCCACACAGCCACUGCUGGCGGCCAUCGCGGACCCCAUGAGGAAGCAGGAGGUGCGGACCGGCGGGGAGGCAGGCCAGGGCCGAGGCCCCGGCUCCCCGGCUGGGCAAGUGAAAGCCCUCGUGGACCUGCUGGCCGGGAAGAGCAGUCAGGGCUCCCAGGCCCCAGAGCCCCUGGACAGGGUGCCGCAGGCCCCCCUAGGGCCUCACGGUGACGACUCGAGGAUACAGAAGUGCCGGGAGGCUCUGCUGAACAGGGCGAGAGGCGGCCCCCCGCCCAGGCUGACCAGCCUCCUGCUGCUGGAGGGGCUGACAGACCUACAGCUGAGGGAACAUGACUUCACACAGGUGGAGACCACGCGUGGGGCCUGGCGCCCGGCCAGGAGCCUCACCCUGGACAGACUCUUCCUGCCUCUGUCUCGGGUGUCUAUCCCCCCCCGCAUCUCCAUCACCAUCGGGGUAGCCGGCGUGGGCAAGACCACCCUGGUGAGGAACUUUGUCCAGCUCUGGGCCCGGGGCCAGGUCGCCAAGGACUUCUCCCUGGUGCUCCCCCUGACCUUCCGAGAUCUCAACACCCACGAGAAGCUGUCUGCGGACAGACUCGUCCGCUCCGUCUUCUCGCACAUCGGGGAGUCCGGCCCGGCGGCGGCGGCGGCCCCACCCAAAACCCUCCUGAUCCUGGAUGGCCUGGACGAGUGUAAGACGCCUCUGGACUUCUCCAACACCGUGGCCUGCACGGACCCCAAGAAGGAGAUCCAGGUGGACCAUCUGAUCACCAACAUCAUCCGGGGCAACCUAUUCCCAGAAGUCUCUGUCUGGGUCACUUCCCGCCCCAGCGUGGCCGGCCAGAUCCCGGGGGGCCUGGUAGACCGGAUGACAGAGAUCCGGGGCUUUGACGAGGAGGAGAUCAAGGCGUGUUUGGAGGAGAUGUUCCCCGAGGACCACACCCUCUCCGACUGGGUCCUGAGGCAGGUGCGGGCGGACAGGGCCCUGUACCUGAUGUGCACGGUCCCAGCCUUCUGCCGGAUUGCGGGGUCGGCCCUGGGUCACCUGCGCCACAGCGGGCCGGGGCCCCAGGACGCCAGGCAGCAGACUCCGAGGACCCUGUGCGAGCUCUACUCUUGGUACUUCAGGAUGGCCCUCGGCGGGGACGGGCAGGAGAAGGGCAAGGUGAGCCCUCGCAUCGAGCAGGUGGCCCACAGCUGCCGCAAGAUGGUGGGCACUCUGGGGCGGCUGGCCUUCCACGGGCUGGUCAGGAAGAAGUACGUGUUCUACGAGCAGGACCUGAAGGCGUUUGGCGUGGAUCUCGCUCUGCUGCAGAGCGGCCUGUGCAGCCGCUUCCUGCAGCGGGAAGAGACGCUGGCCGCGUCGACGGCCUACUGCUUCACGCACCUGUCCCUGCAGGAGUUUGUGGCGGCCGCGUAUUACUACGCCGCCUCCAGGCGGGCCAUCUUCGACCUCUUCGCCGAGGGUGGCAUGUCCUGGCCCCGCCUCGGCUUCCUCGCACACUUCAGGAGCGCGGCCCAGCGGGCCAUGCAGGCCGAGGACGGGCGGCUGGAUGUGUUCCUGCGCUUCCUCUCAGGACUCCUCUCCCCCGGGGUCAACGCCCUGCUGGCAGGCUCCCUGCUGGUGCAGGGGGAGCACCAGGGCUACGGGGCCCAGGCGGCCGAGCUCCUGCAGGGCUGCCUGCGCCCCGACGUGGCGGUGUGCGCCCGGGCCGUCAACGUCCUGCACUGCCUGCACGAACUGCGGCACACGGAGCUGGCCCGCGGCGUGGAGGAGGCCAUGCAGAGCGGCAGCCUGGCGGGGCUGACCGGCCCCCGGCACCACGCGGCCCUGGCCUACCUCCUGCAGGUGUCAGACGCCUGCGUCCAGGAGGCCAACCUGUCCCUGUGCCUCAGCAAGGGCGUCCUCCAGAGCCUGCUGCCCCAGCUGCUCUACUGCCGGAGCCUGAGGCUGGACAACAACCAGUUCCAGGACCCCGUGAUGGAGCUGCUGGGCAGCGUGCUGAGCGGGAAGGACUGUCGCAUUCAGAGGAUCAGCUUGGCUGAGAACCAGAUCAGUAACAAAGGGGCCAAAGCUCUGGCCAGAUCCCUCCUGGUCAACAGAAGUCUGACAGCUCUGGACCUCCGCAGUAACUCCAUCGGACCUCAAGGGGCCAAGGCUCUGGCAGAUGCUCUGAAGAUUAACCGCACUCUGGCCUUUCUGAGCCUCCAGAACAAUGCCAUCAGGGAUAACGGUGCCAGGUUUGUGGCUGAGGCCUUGGCCGCCAACCGGACCCUCUCUGUGCUACACCUGCAGAAGAAUACCAUUGGGCCUCUGGGAGCCCAGCAGACGGCAGAUGCCCUGAAGCAGAACAGGAGUCUGAAGGAGCUCAUAUUCUCCAGUAACAGCAUUGGCGAUAAAGGUGCCGAGGCCCUGGCUAAGGCCCUGAAGGUGAACCAGGGCCUGGAGAGCCUGGACCUGCAGAGCAAUUCCAUCAGUGACGCAGGUGUGGCUGCGCUGAUGGGGGCCCUCUGCACCAACCAGACCCUCAUCAGCCUCAACCUGCGAGAAAACUCCAUCAGCUCAGAGGGAGCCCGGGACCUGGCUCAAGCUCUCUGCAGCAACAGCACCCUGAAAAAUCUGGAGUACCCUGACAGCCAACCUCCUCCACGACCAGGGCGCCCAGGCCAUCGCGCUGGCAGUAAGAGAAAACCGGGCCCUCACAUCCCUCCACCUGCAGUGGAACUUCAUCCAGGCCGGUGCGGCCAAGGCCCUGGGACAAGCACUACAACUCAACCGGAGCCUGACCAGCCUCGAUUUGCAGGAGAACGCCAUCGGGGACGAGGGCGCCUCCGCACUGGCCAGCGCACUAAAGGCCAACACGGCCCUCACCGCUCUCUAUCUGCAGGUGGCCUCCAUUGGUGCCCGGGGGGCCCAGGCGCUAGGGGAUGCCCUGGCUGUGAACAGGACCUUGGAGAUUCUCGACUUAAGAGGAAACGCCAUCGGGGUGGCCGGAGCCAAAGCCCUGGCAAAUGCUCUGAAGGUCAACUCAAGUCUCCGAAGACUCAAUCUUCAAGAGAAUUCCUUGGGGAUGGACGGGGUGAUAUGCGUUGCCACGGCACUCUCUGGGAACCACGGCCUCCAGCACAUCAACCUCCAGGGAAAUCACAUUGGGGAGUCUGGCGCCAGGAUGAUCUCGGAGGCUAUCAAGACCAACGCUCCUUCGUGCACUGUUGAAAUGUGAGCGCAAAAGUGCCCGGUGGAUCAGGCGAGAGAACACAGAAGCAACUGGAAGCUUGUGAACAAAAACUCCCCGCCCAGGGCCCGUCCCUGUGGUCUGGGAACGACGCUGACCUGCACAAAAGCUGGUCUCCUGCAAGAGGCAGGAGGGAUGCUGCCAAAGGGGUUGGGAGCACCUCUCCCGCCCCGGGUUCCGACCGGGCAGGGGUGACGCAGAUUCCCUGCUGUGGCACAGAGGAGGGAAGGUGUCUGCCAUGGGACUCAGGGACACAGGCCUUAAAGCCCAGCCGGUGAGAAGCGGGCGUGAGCUUCUUCAUACCCCGAGGUCUUCACGCGCCCCUUUUGUUUUCAUUGUCCUUUUCCACUGGUUAAAAUCAUCCCCUCACUCUAAAGUGAGCUGUCACCUUCAAGCCUAUGCAGAGUAUCCGUUUGGCACGGGUGACAGAAGGGACCUUCCUUUUCUCAAGAAGAACAGAAGGUUUUAGGAGUAUGAUCCUCAGAGAUACACGGAAAAACUGUGAGAAUUGGUUUGAAGAGAAAUUAAGGCUUUGAGUUAUAAAAUUCCGGACACAGAGACUAAGCUCUCCAAGGUUUUUGCUGUCUUUGAUCGGUUACCAAAUCUCUCAAAGGCAAGGACUACGUCCGACACACGUCAUGUGGGGUCUGGCACACUGGUCGUCAAUAGCGUGUUACAUGUUGACGCCUCAAUGUUAUUCUACAGCCGGCUUCCCAGACCGCUGCUGCGCCUGUCGUGUCCCCAUGCAGGCGAGCAAGCUGAGCUCCAUGUGGCACAAAUUCCCUCAGGGGUUGGUCUGUGAUGAAAGGAAACAGGUCCCAAGUGGACACCACAGUUCUCACCAACUAAAAAACCAAGGAAAAUGCUUAUCAAGAUUUUACAGUUUGAACACGAAUCGAUGUUGUUCCCAAUGUUCCCUUAAAAAUGAGUAUUCGGGGGGCGCCUGGGUGGCUCAGUCGGUUAAGUGUCCGACUUCAGCUCAGGUCACGAUCUCAUGGUCUGUGAGUUCGAGCCCCGCGUCGGGCUCUGGGCUGACGGCUCAGAGCCUGGAGCCUGUUUCCGAUUCUGUGUCUCCCUCUCUCUGCCCCUCCCCCGUUCAUGCUCUGUCUCUCUCUGUCUCAAAAAUAAAUAAAUGUUAAAAAAAAAAUGAGUAUUCGGGCAAGAAUCAUCAAUGUACGUUAAAACCAUGGGUGACAGCCUAUCGAGGAAGAAGCUAUCCACCCCAAAGGGAUACUUACAAAGGGGAAUUAUCAAAAUAUCACCCCACAUGGGGCAUUUACAAAGGGGAACAAGAUAUCUUUAAAGAUGGAAAAUUGGGCAAAUGCUUUCUUAACAACGUGGUCAAACUUACCAUCAGCACGAAUGGGAGAAAUUGCCAUCACGUGCUCCUGAUGGGAGGCGCUGACGACACGUCGCCGAUGCAGUAUUCUCACCAAAACUAUUGAUUUGACUCUAAUCGGGAAGGAGCAGUCAGACAAAAUCCAAAUCGAGAGGCAUUCUGCAAAAAACAAUAGCCUGACCUCUUCAAAAAGAUCAAUGUCAUGAAAAAUACAAAAGGCCGGGGACUGUCUUAAAUUGUAGGUUAAACAGACAUGACAAUUUAACGCAGGAUCUCUGACUGGAUCCUCGACUGCAGAGAAACAAUCAGCUAUAAAGAAAAGUAUUUGGAAAUGGGAGACUUUUGAAUAUGGGUCUUGGGUAGUAUUUAUUUGGAUUACUGGGUUUUGAAAGUUAUUUUUGCUACAUAUAGAACUUCAGAAUGGUUUUUGGCUCUUAGUACUCUCAAGGUGUGGCCAUGCUGUCUUCCGGUUUGCGCAGUUUCUGGCUGAGUGGAGAACUCGACAGAAAAAAAGAUGUGGUAGCCAACUGCCGGACAAAGCCAUGCCCUGCAGGAACCUAGCCACCAAAGAAACCUCAGGGGCCAAAGCAGUGGAGAAAAAUCGUGCUCUCCAGGGACUUCGGGAGCAAGCCGCCUCCCUAGCAGCCUACUGACAAGGCUCUCUAUGUCACCAGCCAGCAAAGGCGAGAGAUUUACAAGGAAUAGCUCUGUUAUCAUAGAGCAGACCAAGCGGUGAACUGGAGCGAGGCAAUAAACCCAUAAACAGCA